CUAAUAAAAUCAGACUAAGCCCUAAUUUCUCGUUCCACCUUCUUCUUCCUCCUCCUUCUUCUUCUUCUUCUUCUUCUCCUUCUUCUUCGUCUUCAAGCCCAGCUCAGUGCCUCCGCCGUCUUCUACUUAGUGGGUUUCACUGAUUUCUUGUUGUUACUGCCAGCAACAAGAUGGUGCUAUCAGAAGAGGAAAUCACCAGGCUUUUCAGAAUUCGAAAAACUGUGUUUCAAAUGCUAAGAGACCGAGGCUAUUUUGUUGGAGACUUUGAGAUUGACAUGACAAGGGAGCAAUUUAAGCAAAAAUAUGGUGAAAACAUGAAAAGAGAAGACAUUGUUAUUAAUAAAUCCAAGAGAAAUGAUAGCAGUGAUCAGAUAUAUGUUUUUUUUCCAGAAGAGGCAAAGGUUGGCAUCAAGCCGUUGAAAACAUAUACCACCCGAAUGAAAUCGGAGAACGUUUUUAGAGCAAUAUUGGUCGUCCAACAGAAUUUGACCCCUUUCGCCCGUGCCUGUAUGAGUGAAGCAACUUCCAAAUCAUUCCACUUGGAAGUUUUCCAGGAAGCAGAAUUGCUAGUUAAUAUCAAAGAUCACGUCCUUGUUCCUGAGCACCAGUUACUUAACAAUGAAGAGAAAAAGACACUACUUGAGAGAUAUACCGUGAAAGAAACACAGCUACCGCGCAUACAAGUGACUGACCCGGUUGCACGAUAUUACGGGCUAAAGCGUGGCCAAGUUGUGAAGAUCAUCAGACCAAGUGAAACUGCAGGAAGAUAUGUAACUUACAGAUAUGUUGUCUGAGUCUGUUUAUGAUUUUGUAAUUGAAGAUGUGACAUUUGUAUACACCUUGAAGUUAUGUUUUGAAGUCUUAAUUAGUGUUAUAGUGAUUGUGAUAUCUGAGGUGAAUUGAAGAACUUUGGAACUUCUGUAAUAGUUGGAAGAUCAAUUAUAUCUAUUUAGGGGUACCUUUUUUGGUAAAUUGUCCCCCUGGAGUGGAAUUUAGAAA